UGCAGAUGAAUGAUUUGUGUUUCCUCUCCAGGUGAAAGUGGAUGUGAGUUGAGCAGCAUGAGUCAGUGUGAGGACAGAGAGGAGGGAGUCCCUCCCUCUAAAAGCACUCUGUGUGGGGAACAUGACAGCCAGACCAAAGCUCAGAGCCCAGAGCAGCAGCAGGGACCAGACUCUGCUGGACCUGGACCUGGACCUGAGCCCAGCUGUGUGUCCUUCAAGAGUGACCGGUCAAUGGGUCGACUUAAUGAAUUUAAGCGAGGACGUGUAUCUGACAGACACCCAGAGCAGCAGCAGGGACCAGACUCUGCUGGACCUGGACCUGGACCUGGACCUGGACCUGGACCUGAGCCCAGCUGUGUGUCCUUCAAGAGUGACCGGUCAAUGGGUCGACUUAAUGAAUUUAAGCGAGGACGUGAAUCUGACAGACAAGUCCACCAGCAGAGCUCAGAGGUUCCCAGUGGUCAGUCUGCCCAGCAGCAUCAAACACACCUGGACUCCAUAUUUAUGCUUCUGGAGGAGAACAUUGUCACUUUUGUCAAGAAUGAACUAAAGAAGAUCCAGAAUGUCCUGAGUUUAGAUUACCCAGAAUGCUUAGAGAGUCAGAGGGAGGAUGAGGAGGUGUUGGAGGGUGAGGAUGAAGAGCUGAGGAGGAGCAGCAGAGAGGCAUUUCUGAAGAUCACACAGCACUUCCUGAGGAGAAUGAAGCAGGAGGAGCUGGCUGAGCGUCUGCAGAGCAACACGUUUGCUCCAGUUUGUUUCCAGCAUAAACUAAAAUCCAACCUGAAGAAGAAGUUCCAGUGUGUGUUUGAGGGGAUUGCUAAAGCAGGAAACCAGACUCCUCUGAACCAGAUCUACACAGAGCUCUACAUCACAGAGGGAGGGACUGCAGAGGUCAAUGAUGAACAUGAGGUCAGACAGAUUGAAACAGCAUCCAGGAAACCAGCCAGACCAGAAACAACCAUCAGACAAGAAGACAUCUUUAAAGCCUCACCUGGAAGAGAUGAACCGAUCAGAACAGUGAUGACAAAGGGAGUGGCUGGCAUUGGGAAAACAGUCUUAACUGCUGGAGGAGAACAUUGUCACUUUUGUGAAGAACGAACUGAAGAAGUUCCAAAAGGUUCUGAGUUCAGAUUACCCAGAAUUCUUAGAGAGCAGCUGCAGAAAGGCAACCUGAUCUUCUAUGAAUCCGACCUGACAGAGUGUGGCAUCGAUAUCAGAGCAGCCUCAGUAUACUCAGGAGUGUUCACACAGAUCUUUAAAGAGGAGAGAGGGCUGUACCAGGACAAGGUGUUCUGCUUUGUCCAUCUGACCGUUCAGGAGUUUCUGGCUGCUCUUCAUGUCCAUGUGACAUUCAUCAACUAUGGUGUCAAUCUGCUGUCAGAAGAACAAACAACACAAUUCUACCAGAUUGCUGUGGACCAGGCCUUACAGAGUCCAAAUGGACACUUGGACUUGUUCCUCCGCUUCCUCGUGGGACUUUCACUGCAGACCAAUCAGACUCUUUUAAGAGGCCUGCUGACACUGACAGGACGUAGCUCACAGACCAAUCAGGAAACAGUCCAGUACAUCAACAAGAAGUUGGAGGAAAAUAUCUCUGCAGAGCAAAGCAUCAAUCUGUUCCACUGUCUGAAUGAACUGAAUGAUAGUUCUCUAGUAAAGCAGAUCCAACAGUCCAUAAAAUCAGGAAGUCUCUCCAAAGAUGAACUCUCGCCUGCUCAGUGGUCAGCUCUGGUCUUCAUCUUACUGUCAUCAGAAAAAGAUCUGGACGUGUUUGACCUGAAGAAAUACUCUGCUUCAGAGGAGGCUCUUCUGAGGCUGAUGCCAGUGGUCAAAGCCUCCAACAAAGCUCUACUGAGCAGCUGUAACCUCUCAGAGAAAAGCUGUGAAGUUCUGUCCUCAGUUCUCAGCUCCCAGUCCUCUUCUCUGAGAGAGCUGGACCUGAGUAACAACAACCUGCAAGAUUCAGGAGUGAGGCUGCUGUCUGCUGGACUGGAGAGUCCACAUUGUACCCUGGAAAUCCUCAAGCUGUCAGGCUGUCUGAUCACAGAGGAAGGCUGUGUUUCUUUGGCCUCAGCUCUAAGCUCCAACCACUCCCAUCUGAGACAACUGGACCUGAGCUACAAUUAUCCAGGAGACUCAGGAGUGAAGCUGCUGUCUGCUGGGCAGUCAUACUGGAGACUGGACACUCUCAGGGUGGAGCCUGGUGGUGUCCGAUGGUUGAGACCAGGUCUGAGAAAAUAUUCCUGUGAACUCACCCUUGACACAAACACAGUACACAAAGGGAUCAAACUGUCUGACAACAACAUAUACUAAGCAGGCUGUGCAAUCCCCGGCUGAGGAGUGGUUGGUGUUGGUGAGGACCUGUCUACUCCCGCCUACAUCCAUGCUGAUUGGAGCAGCCAAGACCGUUCACCAAUCUGCGAGCUGUGCUUGGGGCCUGCUGCUUUUAAAAGCCGUCAUGCUGCCGUGCAAAGGGAGCUGUCUGUCAUUUACUGUCUUGCCUCUGUGCUGACCAAUGCGUGCGUUUACUGAGCCUAAUGUAUUUAUAUUGUGUGCUCGUUCCAGCAGCUUCACUUUGUGGCCUGCUUGUGAUCUACUGCUAUUACUGAGAGUCAGUGUUUAUUUUGUUAAGAGUAGUCUUUGUGUUAGCUGUUUAGCUAAAGACUUUGUAACCCUGUUGCAGCGGUUUAUUUCAUUACCGAGAGUCAGUAAGGGUUUAUUUUUGUUAAGAGACACAAUUGAGUUAGUUGUGUUUAAACAGUGUGUCUGCAGAGUUGGGCUGGGGUUCAGAGUAAAUACUGACACCCACUCUACAUGUUUAGGAUCUCCCUUUGUUUAGCUCUUCAGGUUUAGGGGUGCUGCGCUACCUGUGUUUUCUUUUUGAGACAUCCAAAAUAGAGAGGUUUUGU